AUCCGUAUGCAGUCAGGAUGUGGCACCGUGCAGUCAUACAUCUACUUUGUGCCUUUGGAUUCUUUCACAAAGGUCAAACCUCUCUGGUCCAAUGUCAGCACGAUGUGUUAGAUGCUCUAGGAGAUAACACCUACUUGAGCUGUUGGUUGAUGCAGUCUAAAGAUGUUGUGCAAGUCACGUGGCAGAAAAUGAUUCCUGGUGGGACGAAGGAUGUCGCUUCUUACAACAAACACUUUGGUCAGAAAGUGACUCCUGGGUUUCGGGGAAGAGUGGAGUUUAAAUCUGAUGGACUGCAGAACAGCUCCAUAGUGAUUAGAAACGUGACUGACCAGGAUGAAGGAUGCUAUCGUUGUUUGUUUAACAUGUACCCCGAUGGUGCAUUCACUGGAAUAACAUGCCUCCAGCUCUAUGAGCUGCAUGAACCCUUUCUACACGUCAGAGAGUCACUCUCUGCUGAAGAGCUAGUCGUGUCCUGCUCAGCCACAGGUCGACCUGCUCCCACGGUAACGCUGACUGUCCUCCACCACAACUCCACCAGCGUCACCAACACCAAUGGAACAGUCACCGUCACCACUACAGCUGUGCUGUCUCGUCUCCAUGACAACAGCCACCGGGUUGGAUGUGCAGCGCGAGUGCUCUCCGGUCGUCAGAUAGAUGUGUAUGAGAUGAUUCCUGAGGUCACACUGUCGCCUCCUGGUGGUUUAGAUGUUGAAUCUGGAUCUGAUAACAGUGAUUUCAUUGUUCCUUUGAUCACUGGUUUGGUCGUCAUAGUGAUCUGUGUUGCUGCUGCUGCUGUCAUUGCUUUUUGGCUUAAACAGAAACACCAGAACCGUGAGCCACAAAGGGACCCCGAGGACAACAAGAGAGACACUAAUGAGCCUGUAACACCUUUGAUGUAUCUGGAAAACAUGAAAACCGUGACGAAGCAGAACGUUCUGUGCGAUUUAAAAGAAACCGUUUCCUGAACAACACAACCCAGAAGACUGAAAGACUGAAAAAGAAAAGCUGAUGGAAACUCUAUAUAUCUUAUAUAUAUGUUUUGAGAUAGCAUAGAGAAGUUGUUUUCUAUUGUAAAUGUUGAUGAUCAAUUCAUAAUUUAAUAUUUCCAGCAGAUAUAAAUGUUUCAGGUUCACGGUUUGACUUGUUUACUUAUUGUUCGUAAUCAACUUUUACGUAGUACAUGUGUCUUGGAUUCACUAUGACUGCAACAGUGGGAUAGAAGCUAAAGAGAUUUUAACUCUCUGGAGGUCAUGUGACUGAUUCAUCUCAGUUCAUUCUAAGUACUGUGGUCUUAAGGGAACCUUUGUUGUUAGUCUUCAGGGAAAGGACGGUGGUCUUCAGGGAUUGCUCUUGUUAUCACUGUUGCUGUGUUGCUCAUUUCAAUGAUUAUUGUUGCUGCUGCAGUUACACUUGUUCAGGCUUUGGAAUUUAAUGUUUCAUUGUCAGAAAAAAAUAAAUGUUUAAUUUAAUUUAAUUAAUGUCACUUGGAUUAAGUGUGACUGCAACAUAGUGAAUGCCUCUAACAUACUAAUGUACUAAUUCUCAUCACAGAAUUUGGGAGUUUUAAAUAUAUUUAUGUAUGUAUUAUUAAAUGUAUUAUUUUGCAAGCCAAAAAGGAAUAGUUCAUGCUGAGUUGAGUUAUUGCUCAAUGGACGCUGAUACACACUUAUUGUGAAAUUGUCACGGUUUGGGUUUGUUUCCUGUUUUAUUUUUUUGUUCCCUGCCUCUUGUGUCCCUGAGUUAACUUUACUUCCUGCCUUGUCCUGUCAUCCCCUGUGAUUGUCUGCCAUGUCCCUUAUUGUUUCUAUCUGUAUCCAAUCACCUGCACAUCCCAGUGUA